AUGGUUAUUUACUUCCAGACAUACAGCCAAUAGGCACCGAGUAUAAUAUGAUGGACGUACCAGUUACCCAAUCACGUACAAUGUCCUCGUUGCACACGCUCCAAUCAGUUACUAGGAAACCGGCAGCGCGCGGAAGAGGAACGUCUGUCCGUCGGUUAAAAACAAGCUACGUUAGCAACGGUCAUUAGAGCUAACUGUUAGUACAUGCUACAGUCCGAUAUAACAAUAAUAAAACGGCCUGUGUCCAGCAGAUUGUAUUUAUAGAGAAUGUGUGACAACCGGUAGGGGUAACUGUCAGUUAGCUAUUCGUUAUAAUUGGCAAACGUGGGUAAAGUUGCACUCGUGAACCAAGCGUUAACGUUUUCCAACGGUUACUGCUAACGCUGAAGGGAGCUAGCGUUAGCAGACUUUAAACGGUCUUAAACCGCAGCUGUUAGCCCAUUAGCUAACGUUAACUUAUCUAACGUCCUGCAGGAGACCUACGUUAAUGUUAGUAUUGUUUUGUAACAUCAGUUUCAAGUCCUUAUCAACUCAGAGGGACCAUUGCUCUAAGGUGCAUUUCGGUUACCGACAGUGAACGUGUGGUUGUAUCAGUCGGUGUUUUCCCCAAUUAUUAAUAAUAUAAAGAAAAGUGGAGAUAAUGCAUCACGUCAAGAUCAAGACUGAAAGGCCAGAUUUAGAGGGGACUGGUGCACGCAGCAGAUUGGAUGCUGUGUUAAAGGGACUGGUAGAGAGGACUGAAAAUGAAAGGGAGCAAAAUGAGGGCGAUCCUGGAAAAAUAUCAGCGGACUCUUUAAACAAGGAUUUGUCUCCAUCAUCUGCUGGAAAAAGGCCAUCAGCUCGAUUUUCGCAGCACCGGAGGAAGAAGCGAAAAGAGAUGGAUGAAGGAAUGCAAGAGAGCAAUCAUCAUAAACAAAAUUCUUACAUUAUUAAGUUGUUUGACCGCAGUGUGGAUCUGGCUCAGUUCAACACCAGCACCCCACUGUAUCCUAUCUGUCGGGCCUGGAUGAGAAACAAUCCUUCUGUUAGAGAGCCAGCUGCUUCCCCAAGCCCCUCGCACAGCCUGGUAGAGGAAGAGGUUACAGACAUGAUCAAUGGUAAAGGUCAGAAUGUGUACAGACUCGCUCCUCCAACCUCCUGUCCAAUCAGCCCAUCUGGUGAACCCGUCAAUCUCAGGAUCCCACCGACGGAAAAACCCACUGUUACCAAGUUAACAGAUUCAGCUCCUGUAUCCGGUUCUCUCUUAUGCGACCACAUGGAACGUUGGAAAAAGAUACGGCAAAAGUACGUUCCUCAUGAAAAGCAGCUUGUUCUUUUGUUAAAAAGAACAGUUCACAUUUUCCUGCUGUGCACAACAUACAUUGAGAUCAAGGUUUCACCCACAGUUGUUGUGUGGCACUUGUUGCUUAGUCGGACAGUUCACCCCAAAAUCAAAAAUGCAUAUUUUUCCUCUUACAUGUAGUGCCAUUUAUCCAUCUAGAUUGUUUUGGUGUGAGUUAUUGGCUGUUGGAGAUAUCAGCUGUAGAGAUGUCUGCAUCUCUUCAGUAUAAUGGGACGAGAUAGCUCUCGGCUUGUGGUGUGCAAAGUGCUGAUUUGAAAAACUCAACAAUGUCUCUUUCCAGAAAUCAUGACCCGCUUACUCGAACGACGUAACAGUUUCAUGUAGUAGCUAUUUUUCUUUCUAUCGAAUUACACCUGGCAACUAUUGCUGAACGCUAGCAAAAAAAAAAAAAAAAACAGGUAAGCAAAAUUAGGCUUGUCGCACAACUCUUCUCAAAUACACCAUGCUUUAUCCCCCAAACAUGUCUGCAUUCUGGAAAAGACUGGAUA